AUGAUAGUUUGGGUUCAUCUCCCAGCGCUGAAAAUCCAUUUCUACCAUAAGGAGGUACUGACGCAGCUAGGGAAUCUGAUCGGGCGAACAAUCAAACUUGACUAUCAUACUCUCAACCAGCAACGAGCAAAGUUUGCUCGAAUCGCCGUCGAAGUCGAUCUUGAUAAACCUUUAGUUCCAAGGAUAUUCCUGGAUGACGGGUGGCAGAAGGUCGAAUAUGAGAAUCUUCCCAUUGUUUGCUUCGAAUGCGGGAAAAUUGAUCAUACGAACAGCACUUGUCCUCUCCUACGACAACCUGAAUUGGACCUGGCAGUGAUCACCGGAGGUGAAACCUUGCCGGAGAUCAGCCUCGUGGAGUCGCCGGAGCCCCAAGCUGGAUUUGGACCAUGGAUGUUAGUUACCAAAAAACACCGGCGCACUUCUAGGGAUCCUAAUACGAGCACGGUAGUGCUUGUAGGGGAUCAAAGUGCACAGCUCAACUUUCUUCCAACGAAACUCGAAUGUAAGCAACUUAAAACGAAAAAUAAAACGGACCAAAGGUGCAACUUCACUCUUGGGAAGAGGCUCGAUUGGUUUAAGUCGAAGCUCGGCCACGAUUGA